ACAAUUACGUAACUUUUGAUCGACACCGUACAAGACGUAACAUAACCUCGAAAUGCGGCGAAUAAAAGUUGAAAAAAAUCACUUACAAUUCAUCGAGUCCGUGAAGUUUUCGUUAUCGUACUUUUAAUUAUUGAGGUAGUGGAUUUCUUUUGAGCCGGAAUCGUAAAAAUUAAUAAAAAAUAUCACGAUUCUCAAAUAGUGUAGUUUAGAAAGGUAAGUUGUGCAACACAGCCAUCAUAACAACUGACAAAAACGGCGCACGCAACGGCGGGAAAAAUGCGAAUUUGAAUUGUUGACUAGUUUCCAUGGCGAUGGAUUAGAACGAUGUAUACAUGACCCGCAGUAAACUUGGUGAUUAGUGCGAAAAAUCACGGAAAAUGCAGGGAGAAGAAGAAAACGGUUGGGUUUUUGAUUCUUUGGUGUGUUUUUUGAAUGGACCGGUUUGGAGCGCUCCAUUAGAAAGUUUUAUUGAGGAAAACUCUUUAAUUUUUGAACCUACCAACACUGACAAUACGGAAUAUAAAAAAAUUUUCAACGAUUACAAAAACCUGGUUGAUUUCAUGUUGGGUAAUUUUAUGGAAGAUAUUGGAAUUACACCUCAACAAUUUGAAAAUGCUUGCGCAAGAGGAACUCAGGGAGGAAUUACCCUACAAUUUGAUCAAACAAUUUUUGAGCAAAUAUGGGCAGCAAACGAUUUCGAAAUGUUCAGAAGAAUGAUGACUCAAAGAAACGUCGAGUUACAACUUCAAGCUCUCGAGUUAAUUGAGCAAAAAUACGGAAUAACUCCAAACGUUUUUGUACCAGAAAAACGCGAUGUCGCCCAAUCAAGCAGAUCAAAAACCCCGGAAAUGAUUUUUCCCGGAAAAUUAGAAGAAGAAAUCAUGAAAGAAGUCGCCGAAUCAUUUAAAAAACUCGAAAACACCCAACAAGAAACCAUAAACGAUAAUUUAGAUUUUCUCGAAGAGAAGCAAAUUUUAGAGGAAAAGUUGAAAACUAUUGAAAAGUCUUCACCAAUACAAGAAAAAAAUUUAUCUGAAAUCGACACUAAAAAAGAAAUUGAAUCAAAAGCAGAAGAAUCGAAAACUGUUUCAAAACCUAGUGUUGAAGUUGAUAGUUUGGAAAUGAAAAAGAGACAAGAGUAUCUUCGCGCACAAAGGGAUAAACUGGUUGCUUUGAAGAAAGAGGCAAGAAAGAAGCAUCUUCAAGUAGAAGAAAGCGUUGUUGAAACAAAGCAGAAAAUUAAAGAGCGGCCAAAAUCGGCGAAAAAAGCCGCCGAAUCAGUUUUGGAUGGACAUAAAGUUAAUUUGGAACCUCAAGAAUUAGCUUUGAGAAAAGCUUUAGUUCAGAAACUAAAAAAUGAAGUUAUUUCUAAAGCUAAUAAUUAAAUA